AUGCAUGACACGCUGUUUCAAGCAAAGCACGCUUACGAAGCGCAGCAAGACGAUGAGCUGAACCUAAAGCCUGGUGACACACUUCGAGUACUCAACGCAGACAAUAACGACUGGUGGACCGUGGAGGAUACCGCUACUGGAAAACAAGGUCUUGUACCAAGCAACUUUCUUGUAAAGGCAACUGGUACUGCUUUAUCUACUGUUGCAGAAGGACCUGUGCUUGCGAGAAUCGUGAAUGAUUAUGAGCCUCAAGGUCCUGAUCAACUUGCGCUAUGGAAAAACGGCGUUAUUACUGUACUCGACCAAUCGAUUGGCGACGGGUUGUGGAAAGGCGAUCUUAAUGGAAAAGUGGGGUUAUUUCCUGCAGACCAUGUGAAGAUAAUCGAUAGUACGGAAGCGAUGGAAGAGGCUGAGACACCAACAAGCAAUAGGAAUUCAUUCAAACUUGCUGCUUACGGUGUCAAGCAAGGUGGUAUUGGAAGUAUCCUUGCUGGUGCUGCUGGUGGUAUGGGUUUACGUAAAAAGGCUCCCAAAGGUGCUGAUGAGGAGACGACAUCAUCGCAUACUACUCAAUCGCCUUCGGAUCACGGGCCGACAACUUCUACACAAGUAAAAGGCAUGGUGUUACAUGAGUAUGAACCACAAAAUGAUGAUGAGCUCAAGUUGAUGCGUGGUGAAUAUGUGACGAUCAUUGAUAAGCUUGACGAUCAAGGAUGGUGGAAGGGUAGCAAUGAAUCGGGUGCCAGUGGCGUAUUCCCAUCAAACUUUGUUCAAAUCUUGGAAGAGCAACAACGCCCACCACCUCGUCGUACUCGGCCACCCACCAUUAAAACGGAACCAUCCACAUCUUCGAGUCGUAGCAGUGAAUCAGUAACAUCACCCUCUAUGGCACGUCCACCACCUGUUCCUGUGGCAACUCGACCUACAACGCUUUUGACCAAUCGCACAUCUGCUUCAUCAACAAGCACUGAACCACCUCCACCACGCCCUGUGACAUCUCCUCCCCUACCAACAAGACGACCCCCUUCAUCUGGCAAUGUUGCUCCUAUUGAACCACCUAAAAGGACUCAUAAACGGCAGCCUUCUAUUCCGCUUGUGUCUCCUGAUUUGCCACCUAUUGCAGCUAAACAAGAUCAAUCAUCGAUACAGUCACCAGAGCAUCCUACACGUCCUUCAAGACCUGUUCCUACGCCAGGUGCAGUACCACCACCACCACGUCCUGAAGGCCCUAGCAGUGAUCAUCGAACAUCUGUUUCAAGCAUGGCUAAACCUCCAAAGGUGGGUGGACCUCCCAAAACACCUAGUGCACCUGUACCACCCACACGAUCUCGACCUACAAGUCAAACAUCUACAGGAGCAGCAGCAGUACCAUCACCUCCACCUCGAAAGAGUGUAACUGAAUCAGAGAUGCAACCUUCUCCACCACAACCACAAUCGCCACCGCCUAUGCCUAAACGUUCAAUGCCGCUUCCACCUCCUUCUUCAUCUCAACCCAUUCCUCAGCCUAGUAGUAGCAAUGGUAGUGGUGGUGAGGAGAAGCAACAUGAUACAUCACCUCUCGAAGCUGAGAUGCAACGUCUACUCGAUCCUAUACGAAAGGAGAUUUCAGACCUAGCUGCCAUGUUGGAUAUGGAGAGACAAAAACGUGAGCGUUUGGAACAAGAACUUGAAGCUCUCAAGAAACAACACAUGUAA